AGCGGCUAUACCUUCCUAGGCAAUCCGAACGGCUCGCGGGAGGUGCCCUACGGUAACUUGAAAAGUAGCCUGCAUAAGGCAGAAGCCGCGCUGCGAGUAUGAGAAGGCGUGGAAAUGCCAGACGCCUCGAAGUGUGCAGCUUUGUAUCUCCGGCCCGCAUACGUCACUAUGGAGCUGGGAGCUUUAAAACCGGGGUCGAUUUCUCUCGAUCGAGCUCCCUUCUCACCACUACUCGAAGCUCUUCAGGAGUGCUUUACGACCCAAGUCCACAGCUCUACGAAGGAAUCCGAGAUCAGCCUGCCUCUGCUGAAGCCUCCUUAAUUCAGAUCGGCCCCAUCUUCAAGAUACUACGCACGAGUACAUCAUGUCUGCGCAGCCGCAGAACUACACCCAAGGCCACCACCGCGCGGUAACAGCGAACCAUGCGACUCGACGCGCAGAAGUCGAAGGCGCCUUUGUCCUGCCUCAUUUGAAGCCCGACCAUCACAUUCUCGAUGUCGGCUGCGGACCAGGCACAAUAUCCACCAGCUUCGCCAAAUACGUGCCCUCCGGCACCGUAACCGGCAUCGACCUGACCCCCGAAGUAAUCCAGCAAGCCCGCGAACUGCUCUCCCACCAAUCUCCCCAACCCACCAACGUAACCUUCUCCACGGGCAACGUGCUAGCCGGGCUGCCCUUCGCGGACGCCAGCUUCGACGUCGUCUUCUGCCACCAAGUGCUGAACCACAUCCACGACCCGGUCGCGGCGCUGCGGGAAAUGAAGCGCGUGUGCAAGCCCGGCGGCGUCGUGGCCGCGCGCGAGGGCGACUUCCCGUUCCGCUGGGUGCCGUAUCUGCCCGGCAUCCAGCUGUUCCAGAAGUAUCUGUACGAGAUGGUGAUGGGGCCGACGGACCACGCGCACCCGGAUAGCCCGCCGCAUCCGCCGGGGCACCGGUCGGGGAGCCUGACGCAUGUGUGGGCGAGGCAGGCGGGGUUCGAUCCGCUGAAGAUCGAGAAGGGGGCGUCGGUGCAGCUGUAUCGGACGCCGGAGGAGAGGAAGCCGUACUGUGAGCUCAUGACGGGCAGGCUUGUGGCGGGGGGACAUAAGGACUUGUAUAUGAAGCUGGGGGCGAGCGAGCAGGAUAUCGAGAUGAUGAUUACGGAUUUCAAGCGCUGGGCUGACGAUGUGGAUGGGUGGCAUGCCAUUUUGCAGUGCGAGACUAUUUGUAGAGCGUAGAGCGCGGAGAACGAAUGCGGACCCAAUAUAGCAUUACUGCUCGUAAACACCGCUCUAAAGAACUGAUCCAAAGCCACACCCAGCCAGCUCCCGCGCAGCUCUUUUUCACAACCGCUA